AAAAUCUAGUUUUGAUAAUCAGUGAAUAACAAUACUUUCGAUGAAAAAAAAUAUAUACAAGGCAAACAUAUCGUCUAACACGUGAAAACGUAAAAGACUUCGAUAUGAUGGGCUGUAUGUCAAGCCCAAAGGCCGAACAAUGACACCUUGGUUCAAGUGUGGUAAAUAAAUUUGAGACCAUUAAUUACAGUCCUGCUUUAGUUCUUUUGGGGGCACUGUGUGAUAAUUUAGGGUUUCUUGGCUCCUCUGUUAUUCGGACUCUCCCGUGAGAAAAACGAAUCAACUCUGGGCUCAGGGUUGUCUGCGAAACGCUAGAGAGUUUGUGCAACUGGUUCUACUGGCGAAUAGGACCAUCUCCGACUUGGUCAAACUGUAAGUUUAUAAACUAUCCUUUAGCCAAAUAAUCAAACUGAUCCAAUCGUGUUUCCUCACAUGGACAUCAUCAGUGCAUUGUCGGAUGAUUUGCUCUUGCGGAUUCUGUCAUUUGUUCCUACAAAACAUGUCGUGGCCACAAGUCUCUUGUCCAAAAGAUGGGAAAGUCUUUGGACGUCAGUGUCCAAACUUGCUUACGAUGAUAGCGACCACACCGGUGACUACAAGAACUUCUCGCAGUUCGUUUACAGGUCCUUGCUCUCAAAUAACGCACCAGUACUAGACAAGUUACAUCUCAAACUCGGCCCUGACUGUCCCUUCAUCGACGUUGAUCUAUGGACUAACAUCGCACUUACUCGCCGUGUCCGUGAGCUAGAAAUUGAUCUUUUUUCCAAGGAAGAGUCUUUUAAUCUGCCUAAUAGCCUAUACACCUCUGAAACACUAGAGAUCUUGACACUCAUCAGCUGCGUCGUCGUGAACGCCCCUUCUUCCGUUUGUCUCCCGUCUCUCAAAACUCUGAAGCUUGACCGUGUUGAUUACACAGACAACGCUACUCUACCGCGUCUUUUAUCCGGUUGUCCAAAUCUUGAAGUCUUGUUUUUGGAACGACAUGUUGGAGACGAGACAACUGAUUCUAUCGUCGUCGCGCCUUCGUUACAAAGAUUAACUAUGCUGGACACACAUGCCGGUACAUGCGGUCGGUUUGUGGUUGAUGUCCCUUCUUUGAAGCACCUCGAAAUUACAGAUUCUGUAGCUUACUACGACCUCCGUCGAAUGGAGAAUAUGCCUGUGUUGGAGAAGGCAUGCGUUUGGAUUACUAGUAGUGGAGUGACCCAAGAGUUUUUAAACGCUCUUACUUCUGUCCACCGCCUUUCACUAUCUUUAUCACUUUCAAAGGUUAUGCAUCCUUCUGGUAUGACAUUCAAUCAGCUUGUUCAUCUGGACUUGUACACUUUAACUGAAGGUUGGUGGGGUCUUCUUAUUUGUAUGCUUCUAGACUCACCUAAACUGCGAUUUCUCAGACUCAGCAAUAACAAAUUAACAAGUGAAAGCAAAGAGAUCCCAAUUGGUUGGAGCCCGCCGAGUUGUUCUGUUCCUGAGUGUUUGGUGUCUAGUCUAGAGGCUUUCGUGUGGAUUGGGUACAAUGGGAGACAGGACAGCAAGAUGGCAAUAUAUCUCCUGAAAAAUACUGCUUGUUUGAAGACAGCUACAUUCUCUCCAGAUUCUACUGAUCUGGCAGAGAAGUAUCAGAUGCUCAAGGUGUUGGCAUCUGUAGCUACAAUGUCUACUUCGUCUCAGCUUCUAUUCGACUGAACAAUGAUAAAAAAUUGUCGUUUUAGGAUUUUUUAGUUAAGGUCACAUGUCUCGUAUUUGAAGCUCUUAUAGUUUUUGGUUAAAUUCCGGCUAGGGUGACUGAGGCAAUCUUCAACUUUCUGAUUAAAGUUUAACGAGUCGGUUAAUUAAUCUUCCUCCCUCCCUCCCUCCUUAAUCUUUUGUGCUCAUCUUGUCCCGGACACACCAAGGAACAAAAAUUAAGUUCGAUUUACAUCUA